AUGGAUUCGACGCAGAUUCUGGAUGCGUUGGUUACGACCGAGAUCAUUUUCACGGCGGCCUCGCUACUGAUCAGUGUUUACAUUGUCUUCAAGUUUCGGCACAUCACAACUCUGCACGGGAAUUUCAGAUUGGUUUUGGUAAGUGGACAUUAACGGUUUCGAAGACUGAAAACUGUCUGAAGUGCCGGUUUAACCGUGAAUUCAUAAGCUGAAAGUCUCAGAAAUAGAGACGCAAUCUUUUUCGAGCAUUACUGCAAAUUUUGAUCAAACUUAGAGAGCUUUUCUCUUCUCUGUAAAAUUUGGCGUCCAUUUUUAAGGUUAUGAAUCACUUUCCGUUUUUUGAUGACAAUUUUUUCAGAUUUCAACAAAACAACCGUAGUUUUCAAAAGUGACGUCAUUUUACGUCAUCAAUUUAUACCCAUAGAUUUCAAAGUCUCAAUCAUUACAUGCUUUCCCAUUUUCCACAUUGUGCAGAAAUCACCAUAAAAUUUCAAAAGUCAAAUAGAAAAUAUGUAAAUAGAAGAUUCCACGAAAUCGUAGCUAUAAAUAAGAGCUCUUUCGCGGAUUACCGAAAAAAAGUAAUGAGAUUUAGCAGUGUGUCAUAUGAUGAGAUAAUACUCUCGGUUAUAUAAACAAGUAAAAUUUUGAACAGCAAUAGCAGUACGUUUCAAUGAUGAUGUGACUUUAUGAUCUUCGAGAUGAGGCCUCAUUAUUUUGCAUUACCUUUUACCUAAUACCCGUAACGAAGUCCUCAGGGUCUUAAUUCCAAAAAUUAAUCCGUCUUUUCAAGAUUUGCAUCUUGUGAAUACUAUUCCCAAAUCCAUCUUUCAACAAUAGGCAUUGAUCUUGCAUCUCCGAAAACUCUUCUAAAACUUGUUCUAUCAUUAAAACUUCACUUUUUCAGAGUUACGCUCUAGUUGGAGGCAAUGUUUUCAACAUCUCACAUCUCUACCUCUAUCCUCGGGUCAUCGAGUUCUACAAACUCAAUGAAUUUGGGAGUUAUGACACUACGUUGGACAUCCGAUUCGCCGCUAUUUGCUAUUGGACUGGGGCUGUGAUUGCGCUGACAAAGUUCCUUUUGCUGUGCUUGGAACGCUUCUUGGCGACCGCUUAUCGGACCGACUACGAACAUCGAGGGACUUGCAUUGGAUGGACAAUGAUCACAAUCCAUAUAGUCAUCUCCUUGGCCAUCGGAUUCACGCAUUUAUCGGCCUAUGACAUUUGUGUGGCGUACACCGAAAGUUGUGACGGGUAUUGUGAGAGGUCGUGUGCAAUGUCCCACUUCUUCUAUGAUGGAAACACACUCUACAUAGCGAUAUCUUUUCUUGUCGGGCUUGUGUGCUGGGUUCUUGGAAUCGUGGUAAGAAAUAUUUACCAAAUUAUAUUAUACUUGGUCCAGCCAACGAUAUUGAUUUGUAAUUGCUUAUUCGUUCCCUAUUGCAGGAAGCAAUAGUUCUUUUUAUUGUCAACAAGAAGCUAGGCACUCAGCUGGACACUCUCAGUCUUCGCUUCCAGUACAGAGAGAAUCUGGAGACCCUCAAAGCCAUGCUGCCCGGGGUCACAAUCUAUGGAAUCAUGGAGCUGAUUUGUUGCACAGCCGUGGUUUAUGUCAUGGUAUCCAUGCAGGAUCUCGCAACUGACGACGUGGGGAAGCAAAUACUCUUCCAUGUGAGUCAUAAAAAAUUUUACCGACCAAGUCGUCAUGUUGUACAAUAUAUUGUUCCCAUCCAAUUUCCAGAUCACCUAUGUCGCCAUGGCCAGUUACAACCUCUUCUUCUCGCUGUACAACCUGCUUGGAUACCCACCCUUAUCCGUGGCGUUUAUCAAUGACCUCAGGGCGAUCAUUUGUAUGAAGCCGCUCGAACUGAGCGCUGUGGUUGCUCCGAAAGAAGUCAGGGAGAGGGUGAAUGAGAAACAAAAGUACUUUGAGUAUGUUAAUCGACAGUGGAAGUGA